AUGUGGAGCUACUCAGGAACUUUUAAUGAGAUGCAAGUUGUAGGCAUAAUUCCAAAUUCUCAAACUUAUGGUAUCUUAUUGGAUGGGUUGCGCAAAAAUGGGCAUAUUUCUGAAGCAUUGUCAUUAUUCCACAUGAUGGAAACGAACGGUUUAGAUCUUGAUAUUGUUAUGUACAAUAUUCUCAUUGAUACAUUCUGUAAGGAUAAAAAGCUUGAUACUGCAAGGGCCCUUUUCAAUAACCUUUCUUCCAAGGGGUUACAUCCUGAUGUUAAGACAUACAAUAUGAUGAUACACGGUCUUUGUAAAGAAGGCCUACUACAUGAAGCCAAAGAGUUGUUUGUUAAAAUGGAACUGAGUGGUUGCUUGGCAAAUGAUGUCACUCACAACACUAUUAUCCGAGGAUUUAUUAGACGACACAAGUGCCAUGAGGCAUUAAUACUCUUUGAGGAAAUGGUUCAAAGGGGUUUUUCAGUAGAUGUAUCCACUUUUCCAUUGAUUGUAGAUAUACUCUCAACUAAAGGACAGGAUCCUUCUCUCCAAGAAGUGAUAAAGAAGUUCAUGCCCAAAGAUAUUCAUGGAAUGCAAGAGAUUGACUUGCUUGGUUUAUUAGCCCAUAUUUUGAUGUUACCAAUUAAGGACUCUUUGAAAGGAAAGAUUGGUUUGCAACAAUGGGGUUCUAGUAUUGCUAUAUGGAAUAACUAUUCAGCAAAGAACAUUGCAGAGACUGCGCUUGUCACCCAUUCUCUUCCCUUAUUGCUGCUUCAAUUUGCUACCUUCCACCCUUUUCUCCUCUAUAUGAUGAAAUAUGAAUGCAUAAAUCAAAUGUUGAAACUGAACCAACCAGUGAAUUCAAGUGGAACAGCGAAUGAAGAAGUUUACAUGAUCUUGAUCUACUACAAGUUCUGCCAAGACAUUCUCUCCCCUCUCAUCUAUGUCAAGGACCUCCGCAAGCACGGCGUAACCCUAUACUUCCUCAUCGACGAGGACCGCAAGCCUGUCCAUGAUGUCCCCACCAUCUACUUCGUCCAAUCCACUUACCUCAAUGUUCAGCGAAUCGUUUCUAAUGCCUAUCGAUCUCUCUACGAUUCCUUCUACCUCAAUUUCUCAUCUUCGAUUCCUCACCUUUCCUUGAAGGUCUCGUAUCGGGGACUUUCAAUUCCGACUCCAUCAAUCGAAUUUCCAAGGUACACGAACAGUACUUGGAGUUUGUAA